UUGAACUGACUUACAGAAUAUAGUUCCCCUUGUGUUGAUGCCUGCAUUUCUAACUACCUUCUCCAAUGCUAUAUUGAACAAAAGGCAGGCUAGGGAAUCCCCUUGUCAAACUCCAUUUCUAGUUAUUAUAGGGCUGGACAACAUAUCCUGAAUCUUAACUUGGCAUUGGGUCUUUCUCACAGUGGCUCUGACUAAGGCGAUUAACUUCCGUGGAAUGUGCAUCUCUUCCAUUGCCAGAAAAAGACUAUCUCUCUCUAUGGAGUCUCGGAAGUCAAUGAAAAGAUGAUGUGUUUCAAUUUGGAAUUCAUUACACUUUUCAAGGACCUGGCAAAUAGUGCAAAUAUGAUCGUUUGUUUAUCUUCCUUGACGAAACCCACAUUGGUAAUCCCGAAUUAUGCCUUCCACAAAGGAAGAGUGUCUGUUAAAUAGAAUGUUGGAAAAUAUUUUAUAUGCUAUGCACAACAGACUAAUUCCUAUAUAGUUAGAGCAUACUUCAGAGUGGCGCAAGCAAUCGAGUUGAAACCAGGAAUACAGAAGAUCGCCCUGUGUGGAUGUCAAGUGCCUGCAACUUGGAUAAGGUGUCAUGUAUCCGUCGGAAUCCUCAACCCGUGGGUUCCUGUGCUCGACCUGUUAAUGGAAGUUGGUACGUAAUCCAGUCACAUAGUUUAUCCAAGAAAAGCAGUUAUGGUCCACAGCCUGUCCGAUUGCUGACUGCAAAGAAUAUUCAGCGUCCUCAGAUUCAGUUCAAGGAUAAAAUUGACAAUUCUUCAUCACCAUUUCAACCACGAAUUAAAGAAAAACCAAAUUCAUUAGAGCCUCUAGCCAUAACACUCCAGUUUACAGAUGGUAAAGGAAGUUUUAGUCAUCCUUAUGAAUUUGAAUUGGAACGUUUUACUUCAUCUGCCAAACAGCUGGAGCGCGUGAAACCACGUAUGUAUAAGCUUCUUGAAGAAACACCACUGGUCAUGGUGGAAUAUGCAGACCAGCUACCUGGUCUCCUGCAAGACCUCUCCAGUUACUCAGAAAUUGCUGUGGACUUGAAGCAUCACUCAUACCGCUCUUUCCAAGGGUUUACAUGUCUGAUGCAGAUUUCAACAAGAGAUACAGAUUACAUCAUUGACACACUGCUUCUCAGGGACAAACUCUGUUGCCUCAAUGAGAUCUUCACCAAACCAAGCAUCAUCAAGGUGUUUCAUGGGGCCAUCAAUGAUAUAAAAUGGCUACAGCGAGACCUGAGCGUGUAUGUGGUGAACAUGUUUGAUACCUAUGAAGGAGCCAAACUCCUCAAAUUUGCACAACUGUCGUUAGCAUUCCUGAUGAAGCAUUAUUGUAAUGUGGUAGCAGAUAAACAAUAUCAGCUUGCAGACUGGAGAAUCAGGCCACUGCCUGCUGAGUUCGUGAUGUAUGCUUGUAAGGACACCCAUUGCUUGCUCUACAUUUAUGACAUGAUGCAGAAUGCAUUGUUGGAUGCAGCCAAUGUACAAAAGAACCUCCUAUGGUCUGUCUUCAAGCAAAGCACUGAGAUAUGCAAGACGAGAUAUGAGAAGCCAAUUCUCCGAGAAGGCAGCCACAUGCUCCUGUACCGACGAAAUAGAAGACUGUUCGACACUCGCCAGUUGUAUGGUCUGUGGGAACUGUAUCAAUGGCAUGACAGAAUUUCGAGGGAGAAUGACGAGAGUAUAGGGCAUGUACUGCCAAACCGCAUGAUGCUUCAGAUUGCUGAACAUCUUCCAAGAGAAUUACAGGGUAUAGUGGCAUGCUGCAACCCCAUUCCUCGCCUUGUACGACAGGACCUGCAUAAGCUCCAUACCAUAGUGUUGGAAGCUCGAAAUCAGCCCCUUGUGAAGCCCCUUCCGGAGGAAGAGUUGAGGACAAGGGUCAGUACCCAGGCCGGGUUCAAAGUGAACCCAGAUGGAGCCCUAUACUACCCUCAUGAUCUCACACACAUCCAGGAUUUCAGGUAUUAUCCUCCAACACUUCUUGGAAGCACAGAUAAUAUUAAUGAAACAGAAGUUGGUGACCAGAAGAUUCAGAUGAAUAAACUGAUGAUAUCUGUGAUUGAAGUUGAAGCAGAGAUCGACACUCCGAUCCAUGUGAUAUCCGCAUGUCCAUAUGAACGCUACAAGAAAGCGAAGGCAUUCAUCCAGCCACAGGAAGCCGCACUAUCCUUCUCUGAGAAUAUCUGCAACAGUACAUGGGACAGGAGAAGACGAUUAUGAGCGGAUACAGAGGAUAAAGGACCUCUUCUUGUUGUGCCGUCCUUGCUUGGGUUGCUCUCAUCUCCGCGGCAGUCUUUUCUCACCAGGCGGCCAUCUCUUUGCGCCAGGCUUUCGAGUCGGCGUCCAUUUUCGCCUAAAUUAUUGCUAGCUUUUCGAUUAUUUGUUGCAUUUCUUGCUUCUCUAUUCUAGCCAUUACUGUUCCCUCGCUCUGUGCAGGUAUCACGUGUGGGGGCCUUAAUGCAUAUGCCGGCGUCCGCCCCUGUCCGCCGGCCGUCGCUCGUUUCCCGACGGUUGGGUACCAUUCCUGUUCGUGUGUUCGUUGUGCCUUCUUGGCAAUUCCCGUGUGUAUCUGGCUGGCCUAUCUUCAUGUUCUCGGCACAUUUCAUUAUUAGCUUUCCUUUCGUAGGGGCAGUUAUUCCCGAGGUUGCCCAGUUUUCCACAACUCCAGUGCCCUGAUUGUCUUCUGUCUCCUCGUUGGGUGGGGAGCGAUCGGUACUUCCGGUAUGUCUUGGUGCUACCUUCGUGAGGUCUAGCUGCUACCAGUACCACCUGCAGCUCUAGUGCUUGUUGGAGGGCCUCGUUUACCUUCUCCCCUCCCAGCAGUAGUUGAAUCUUUAUAUCGGCAUCUCGUAUUCUGUAUACGAAGGCUGUCCCUGCCUCUCUUCCUAUGUGGUCUGCAGGUAGAUUGGGGUAGGCAUGAUGGGAAAGCAGUUCAA